GGAGACUCGAUCCAAAAGGGGAAAAAGAUGAACAGACGCCCGAAAACAGUUCAGGCGACAGAUCUAGUCCAAAGGAUCAGUCAAAGGAUCAGUGAAAGGGUCAGUUCACAGGAUCAGUGAUAAGAUCAACCCUAUGGAGACUAGAACACCACGAUGUCCGCAGGAUCUCCGUUCAGCUAGACCAUUCUCCUCUCAUUCUAUACUCAAUCAACUGCAUUGUGAGAACUGUCCCUCCUGCUUAGAAAAAUAUAAGCCAAGAGGCGGAGAAACCGACAGAUUGGAGAGGAGAAGCAAGGACGAGAAGAUGGGAAUAGUGGCAUCUGACUGAACAUCCCAGAUGAGGUGGACGAGAGUGGCCGCGAUCGUUCCGGUCUGGAUCGCCCUGUCGAGCCAGCAGCCCAAAGAUCCCCUCGACUCAUUCUGUCGGAUCUUUGGUCAUCAAGCGGCCGUUGUUGAUCGAAGAAUCUACGUCGAUGGCGGCUUCGUCAAUCAUGGCUCCCUCCCGCAAGAUCCCAAGAACUACACCAACACCGCAUUGCUCGACGCAGACCUCGACGUCACCAACCUGGGCAUGCCCAUCCUCCAUAGCAACCUGAGCAAGCCCGGCAAAGUCCCCGACGUCAACGGGGCCAUCCUGUGGACCGACCCCGUCAACAAAAUCCUCUACCUCUACGGCGGCGAAUACUCCGAGGGCGAACCUGACUCCUUCUCUCUUUGGGCCUAUGACAUCGCCUCCAGCAAGUGGAAGUCCAUGUCCACUGACCCCGAGAACCGCGACAUCCAGCGAGCUGGUUACGGCGCCGGCGCCGUAGUCGAGGGCGGCGAGUUCGCCUACUACUACGGGGGAUGGCUGUCCAACGCCUCGGUGCCCUCGUGGGGAUCGCGUCCGCCCUUGGCCCUAUCAUCCCUUCUGAUGUACAACAUGGACCAACACACGUGGACCAAUUCAUCCGGCCCCGACUCCAUCGGUCGCGCCGAGGGCGCGAUGGUCUAUCUCCCCGCAAGCGACCGCGGCAUGUUGGUCUAUUUCGGCGGCCUGCAGGUGCCCGAUGGAACAGGGGAGGUCACUCCGCAGCCCAUGAAUGAAAUCCUCCUGUACGACAUCGCCAACAGUAAAUGGUACACGCAAAAGGCAACCGGUCAAGUCCCCGAGGAUAGAAGACGAUUCUGUGCCGGGGCGACGUGGGCGUCCGACUAUUCCUCGUACAAUAUCUAUCUCUACGGGGGAUCGGAGAUCUCGGAAGGCGUGGGUUUCGACGACGUCUAUAUCCUGUCCCUCCCAUCCUUCAAGUGGAUCAAAUGGUAUCCCACCGAGCCCGGCCCGGGCUAUCCCCAUCACUCGCUGUCGUGCAAUGUCGUAGACGGCGCCCAGAUGAUUAUCAUCGGCGGGGUCUUCACCAAUACCACCAUGUGCGACGUGCCCAACGUCUACGCCAUGCACAACAUGGACCUGGGCAAACAAAACCCGGACUCUGCGCCGUGGUACCAGUUCCGACCCAAUCUCACGACCUACAAAGUCCCUCCCGAGAUUGUCUCCGCCAUCGGAGGAUCUGAAUCUGGAAAAGCCAACGUGACCUCUCCCAAGGGCGGCUUCGGCGACCGCGAUCUCAACACCUACUUCCAGCGUGUGUAUACACCCCCACCCCGAACCCCCAGUCGCACCCCCGAAAACGACGAUUCCACCCCCGUCGGAGCCAUCGCUGGCGGCACCGUUGGCGGUGUGGCCGGGGUCUGCAUCAUCGUAGGUGGACUGUACCUCUGGCUUCGCCGGCGUCGGAAGCAAAAAGAGGCACCUGUCGAGGAGGCCGUCUCGACGCCAUCCGCCCCCGAGACGAAACCACCAACGAUAUACGAGCUGCCUACCCAGCGAGAGCAUCCCAUUGGGGAGCUGGCAAACACCGCACCGGUGGAGCUGGAAUCCCCCGGUGUGACCAAACACUUUUCCUUACCGGGGGAUCAUCAUCAAUACCCACAUCCGCCGCCUCACGGUCGGGACCCGUCGAGUCCGUCGGCGGAGCUGCCUGUUUGAAUUCAAUACGUGGUGAUUGAAGUGAUCUGACCUGUUUAUAACCUAAUUCGUUACAUUGACGUGAGGAAUCCGCGGGCAUCAAGAGGGUUAUGUAUUAUCUGUCAUAGUAGCCAUGACGCUGUAAUCUUUUAAUGAAGAAGACGUAUUUAAACCGACACCACCUGUUGCUCGCAUGGGC